CUGAAAACUUGGGUCAGCCUGACUGAUACGUGGACUGACCACAUUAGCCAGACUAUAUGGCCGAGACUGCCUGGCUGCCUCAUGCUGGGUGACCACCUCAGUCUUAACUUAUCUUAGGGCUGAGAGAGUCUCGGCCUGAAUACCUCCCACAUGCCCACACAACUCCCUCUGAGUUGGCCUGAUUGACAGCAUCUGUGUCCGACUAUGCCUGCCUGGCUGCCAUGAUGCCUGGCCUCCUCUACAGUCCGCAGAUGCCUGUAGGAUCACACAGCCUCCCUGAAGUGCAGCUGACCCAACUACAUCCAACUGACUUGGCCUCUGAAGUCUUACUCUGACUGAUGACUUCUUUCACUUCAACUGCCCAACAAAUGGCUUCUGAGGUACCUGACUGACGUCCUUACCCCAGGGAGUUGGUGUGGACAGAGGAGGGGUGUGCUGGUCACCAUGACAACAGAGACAGGCCCCGAUUCUGAUGUGAAGAAGGCUCAGGAGGAGGCUCCUCAGCAGCCAGAGGCCGCUGCUGCUGCCACCACCCCUGUGACCCCCAUAGGCCACGGCCACCUGGAGGCCAACUCCAAUGAGAAGCAUCCACCCCAGCAGGACGCUCGGCCUAUGGAACAGAGCCUAGACAUGGAGGAGAAGGACUACAGUGAGGCCGAUGGCCUAUCAGAGAGGACCACGCCUAGCAAGGCCCAGAAAUCACCCCAGAAGAUUGCCAAGAAAUAUAAGAGUACCAUCUGUCGAGUCACUCUGCUUGAUGCCUCUGAGUACGAGUGUGAGGUGGAGAAACAUGGCCGGGGCCAGGUGCUGUUUGACUUGGUGUGUGAGCACCUCAAUCUCCUGGAGAAGGACUACUUUGGCCUGACCUUCUGUGAUGCUGACAGCCAGAAGAACUGGCUGGACCCCUCCAAGGAAAUCAAGAAGCAGAUUCGGAGCAGCCCCUGGAAUUUUGCCUUCACAGUCAAAUUCUACCCCCCUGACCCUGCUCAGCUGACAGAAGACAUCACAAGAUACUACCUGUGCCUGCAGCUGCGGGCGGACAUCAUCACAGGCCGACUGCCCUGCUCCUUCGUCACACAUGCUCUGCUGGGCUCCUAUGCUGUGCAGGCCGAGCUGGGUGACUAUGACACUGAGGAGCAUGUGGGUAACUAUGUCAGCGAGCUCCGCUUCGCCCCCAACCAGACUCGGGAGCUAGAGGAGAGGAUCAUGGAGCUGCACAAGACCUAUAGGGGCAUGACUCCAGGAGAAGCAGAAAUCCACUUCCUAGAGAAUGCCAAGAAACUGUCCAUGUAUGGAGUAGACCUGCACCAUGCCAAGGACUCUGAGGGCAUCGACAUCAUGUUAGGAGUCUGUGCCAAUGGCCUGCUCAUCUACCGGGAUCGGCUGAGAAUCAACCGCUUUGCCUGGCCCAAAAUUCUCAAGAUCUCCUACAAGAGGAGUAACUUCUAUAUCAAGAUCCGGCCUGGGGAGUACGAGCAGUUCGAGAGCACGAUUGGCUUUAAGCUCCCAAACCACCGGUCGGCCAAGAGAUUAUGGAAGGUCUGCAUUGAGCACCACACCUUCUUCCGGCUGGUGUCUCCUGAGCCCCCACCCAAGGGCUUCCUGGUUAUGGGCUCCAAGUUCCGAUAUAGCGGGAGGACUCAGGCCCAGACCCGCCAGGCCAGUGCCCUCAUUGACCGGCCGGCACCUUUCUUUGAGCGUUCCUCCAGCAAACGGUACACCAUGUCACGCAGCCUUGAUGGAGCAGAGUUCUCCCGUCCAGCCUCGGUCAGUGAGAACCAUGACUCAGGACCUGAUGGUGACAAGCUAGAGGAAGAUGGCGAGUCUGGGGGACGGAGGUCAGAGGCUGAGGAGGGAGAAGUCAGAACCCCAACCAAGAUCAAGGAUCUCAAGCCGGAGCAGGAAACCACGCCGAGACACAAGCAGGAGUUCUUAGACAAACCAGAGGACGUCUUGCUGAAGCACCAGGCCAGCAUCAACGAGCUCAAAAGGACCCUGAAGGAGCCCAACAGCAAACUGAUCCACCGUGACCGAGACUGGGAGCGGGAGCGCAGGCUGCCCUCCUCACCUGCCUCCCCCUCUCCCAAGGGCACCCCUGAGAAAGCCAGCGAGUCCCAGAUGACCCAGGACUCGUCUCAGCAGGAUUUGGCACCUGAGCCUGGGACGGCCACAGGCUUGGAAGUAUUGACUCAGAAAAGCCUCACAGCAUCUCCUGAGGGUUCAGAGCAUUGGGUAUUUAUAGAAAGAGAGUACAUUAGGCCAGAAGAGCUCAGUCUCCUAAAAGUGGCCUCCACGCAACAAGAAGAAAGUGAGGCAGGCCUCACAGAAAUUCUUGCUGAUGGCAGACUCUCCAAAGUCGACAUCCUAGUGGACAAGUUCAAGGUUGAAAUGGCCACAGAAGAAAUGGUGGGAACCAGAAGAACAAAUACCCAGCUGCAAGGCAGAAUGAUUGCAAGUCCUGAAGACUUCGAGUCAGUGUGGGAAGAAGCCCCAGGUGCAUCUUCUCUGGCUGCAGGCUGCAAACUGGCAGAAAAGCCCCUUGAGGGCAUCCAGUUCAGGGUGGGCACUAAGCAGGCAACCAUCAGGAAAUGCCAGGUCUCAGGAGGUCAGCUGGAACGCCAGAUCGAGCUGAGGAAAGAGCUGGAGGAGUUUCAGACUUGGGGGAGACCCGCUGCACCAGAAAGCAGGCCAGCAGCCAUGGGCCUCCUCUCUCCAUCCUCUGAUAAGGGAGGACUCCAGUCAUUUCUGUUGGACCCAUCCCAGGAAGAAACCAGAGCUGACUCAAGCGAUGAAACUGAUACAUCCUUUGCAGAGAGGAGCUUUUACUUAAACUAUGGAGAGAAAGAUUCAGAAGGUCAAGUUCUGACUUUACCACUGGAGGAAAGAGAAGAGCAUCCAGAGUCCCCACAUGGACUUGAAACAAGGCUGGAGCUGUUCAGGGAACUCACAGAGAUCUCUGGGCUGAAUUCCUCAGAACCAUGGGGCUCUGCUGCAACUUCCAGCAGGAAUAAGGAUGAAGAGGAUGAAACCCACCCAGCUUCCUCAGUGGAAGGGAUAGGACCGUCCAGGAACCACAGGAGACCAGAUGACCCAAAUGCCUUUGUUGAACAGCUCCAGAAGAGACCUUCUCCAAGCCAUAAGGUCUCUGAAUUCUCAGAAGGAGCCUGGUCUGGGGUGGAAGGAGAUUGUGCCCACCCAACACCCACCAUUGCCACAGAGGAAGAGCCCCCCAAGAAUGGAGAUUUAAUAGGAAAGACUGAGAAGAGUCCCCAGGCAGGAUGGAAGGACCAGUCACCACCUGGAGGAGGGAGCAUGCACCUUGACUUCCGGGCCUGCACCCUCCCAGGGGAUGCCCCUCCUAAUGAUGAUAGGAAGUCAGCCAAACCAGACAGAGGCAUCUUCCUGCCCCAAGAGAUCGAACCAAUUCAUACCCAAAUCGGAAAACUUGCAAAAGAGGAUAGCGAGGCCUCAGCAUUUCUUCAGAUGGAGGUUAUCACUGCGCUCCCAACCUCUCCCCGUCCAUUCACAACCCAGGCAGCUCCAGAGGAAGCCUCUGUGAGCCCAGCUCCUUGUGGGUCAAGAGAUCCUUCACAGCUUGGGGAUCCCUUUGGAGAACAGCCUCCAUUAUUUCUCAGACAUACCCAUCCUCCUAAAGAGAGCUCCACAUGCAAGGACCAAGAGGGGAUGGCUGAGAUCCCAGGUGGAGGUGAACUCCGGGCGCCUCCUGUCCCCAACAGAAAGCCCAGACUUGUCCCUGAAGAAGCAGAGGGAUGUUUGUCCCCAGGGUUGGUGCUCCCUUUGGGGAAGCAAAAAGAGAUGAUCUCUUUCCAGGCUGGGGGCCAAGAGGACUCCAUGGAAGAUAUUAGCAAGGCCUCUGUGGCCAACAAAAUUCGAAUUUUUGAGACUCAAGGAGCUGAAACACACCGAAUGAGUAAGGGUGAAAUAAAGGCCCUUCUAAAUGAAUUGUCUUCAGAAGCUUCCCAGGGGCAGGUAGAGCAACAGCGGAGCAAGCUCUUAGGGCUGGGCUUCAUCCAGCUCCAACCUCCAGGGGACUUUGCAGGCUCCAAAGCCACACCUUCCUCAGUGACACCGCUGGCUACCAGACGUGCCAGUAUGGUACCCAUGACCUACCAGGAAGAAUGCACGGAACUCGAGCUCCUGUCCCCCGACUCAGGCUGUGAAACCACUCUGGAGGAAGCUACAGGGGGAGCUGGCCACAACAAAUCCGGAGAUGCGGUCAGGGGAGAGAAAUGCAUCACCAGCUUAGCAGUGAACCACCCUGGGAAGGGGGGUCGCCUGAGACUCACCAGCCCCUUGGGCCCUCAGAGAGCAGGGCUGAGGGAGGGCUCGGAGGAGAAAGUCAAACUGCCCCGCCCCAGGGCCCCAGAGAGUGACACUGGAGAUGAGGACCAGGACCAGGAGAGGGAUGCAGUGUUCCUGAAGGAUAACCACCUUGCCAUUGAGCGUAAGUGCUCCAGCAUCACGGUCAGCUCCACGUCCAGCCUAGAGGCUGAGGUCGACUUCACAGUCAUUGGUGACUACCACGGCAGCGCCUUCGAAGACUUCUCCCGCAGCCUGCCGGAGCUUGACCAAGACAAAAGCGACUCAGAAACCGAGGGCUUGGUGUUCUCCCACGAUCUCAACAAGGGGGUCUCCAGCCACGAUGACGAGUCGGGGGGCAUCGAGGACAGCCCAGAUCGAGGGGCCUGCUCCACCCCUGAUAUGCCCCAGUUUGAGCCUGUGAAGACAGAAACCAUGACUGUCAGUAGCCUGGCCAUCAGGAAGAAGAUUGAGCCGGAGGCUAUAUUGCAAACCAGAGUUGCCGCUGUGGACACUACCCAGGCUGCCUCUGGCCAGCAGGUUGAUGGGGCUGCUCCAGGGGGUAAGGAAUUCAUGACAACUACUCCCUCCAUCACCACCGAGACCAUAUCAACCACCAUGGAUAACAGUCUCAAGUCCGGGAAGGGGGCAGCUGCCAUGAUCCCAGGCCCACAGACGGUGGCCACGGAAAUCCGUUCUCUUUCUCCGAUCAUCGGGAAAGAUGUCCUCACCAGCACCUACGGCGCCACCGCGGAAACCCUCUCCACCUCCACCACCACCCAUGUCACCAAAACUGUGAAAGGAGGGUUUUCUGAGACAAGGAUUGAGAAGAGAAUCAUCAUUACUGGGGAUGAAGAUGUUGAUCAAGACCAGGCCCUGGCUUUGGCCAUCAAGGAGGCUAAACUGCAGCAUCCAGACAUGCUGGUAACCAAAGCUGUCGUAUAUAGAGAAACAGACCCAUCUCCAGAGGAGAGGGACAAGAAGCCACAGGAAUCCUGACCUUUGUGAGGAGAUGCUGGCAUUUCUGGUCCAACUUAAGCCAGAGAACCAUUAAGAAGGGGCCUUCAUUCUGGAUUCUCCGAUUCCGAUUCAACAUCGACGUCCCAGCUGCGACAUACUGUCACUGAUGAGAGACUGGGAAAGGAAAAGCAUAUAUAUAUAUAUAGAUAUAUAUAGAUAUAGAUAUAUAUACAGGAAACACCGCGUCCUUGCACUGCUGCUGGGGCUGACCAAGCUGCUGGCCAACAGCAACAACCAACAUCUGAACACCUACAUCUCCUUUGCAGACAAAUUAAAGAAUUAGUAGGAUUUUUCAGGAAAAAAUAAUUAUAUAUAUCAUGCCAGUAAUCCCCUGCUCCCUUUGAAGCCCUGCAGAAUGACAGAAACAAGCCAGGCUACCAUGAUUGUCGAAGUAUAACAUGACCCUGGCUCUGCACAUUUCACUAAUGGAUGAACAUCCCAUUUGUUCUUCUCCAGCAUCUGUUGCCCACUUGAAUGCAAAGGAAGAUAUUUUUGCAGCAAAGCAAGAGGAGUCACAGCAGCAAGACAAGCGCCGCUAACCAUUUUCUGAGAAAGAAAAUUCCCCACUUGGAAAGGAGGAGGAGGAACACUGGAUUAUUAUUUUUCAGGUCUUGACACUGGGCUGCAAAAUCCACCUUCCUUUCUUCUGCCUCCCCUCCCCCUCAACUCUCACGAGUCUUGUCACCAUUUUCUGUCUCAGCUCCUUUCUCACCCAGACCCCUCAACCCAUGUCUUCUGACCCAAAGGAGGGCCAUAGCAGAUGGCUAUCAUCUGAAAAAAGAAAGAAGGAAAGGAAAAAAGAAAGAAAGGAAGAAAGAAAGAAAGAAAACCAAGACACAGGAAGCGAAAUAGACAUAUAUGUUUAUGGGUUCUCAUUAUGAGGGCGCAGCUUGUAGGAAAUUUGUAUGUAUGUGCUUUUAAGUUAUGUAUAUUACAUAUAACAGGAAACAAUUAUUAAACAGUGCUGGUAAGUACGAAACCGACAUUUUAAAAUCCUAAUUAUCUGUGAUUGAUGUAUCCCAAGGUUCCCAGAUCUCGCUGUACUGGCCCAGCAAAGGAGACCUGGACUCUGGCUAUCGGUGGCUCACAGUAGGGGGUGAUGACUCAGUGUAGUAAAAAAAAAAAAAAAAAAUAGUGUGUGGCGUUUGUAAUUGGCUGAUUGGUGGGGAGGGGUGGGGCCCCCAAAUGGAGAGCCAGGAUUUUGGCAAGAAGGAAGCAACCUAAAUAUGGUUCAAAAAUGCCUUUUCCCCCUCCCAGAAAUAGCAACCAGGACCUGGUCUGUGCUCAGACAUGGGGUUCAAAGUUAGGAUCCUACUGCAGAGGUCCCCUGGUUCAGUACCUCUCUCUCUCCCUAGGAGGCUUGCCUUGGUUUUCAGUUCUCUCUUUCUCUUAAUCUCUCUCUCCCUCUCUCACCAUGUCUUGCCUUUCCAUAACCAUUCUGUGACAGCUAACUUUCUUAGGUCUCCAUCUAAAGGGAAUUGACACCCCUUUUGUCACCCACAGAGAAUGGUAGCUUCAAUCUGUCUACCUGAACAUCCCCAGCUCAGUCUUCUCUAGCCUGACUGUAUUCAGAAUUUUUUCUCUUCUUCCUGGGCCAAAAUAGCUAAGGCAGAUACUGCAAGCACAGGACAGGCCCUGAUAGGUGAAAACUACAUUUUCAAAAGUCCCUCCACCCAGCAACAAGCUGAGAAUGCAAGCUGGUGGUGUUCAAAGGCAUGUGGAAGACUGGCUUUGGAGACUCCCCCUUAUGGCAGCAUCUGAGCUCUGAGCCUGUGCUCUCUGAGUACCAGAACUUAUCUCAAAACCACAGAAACACUUGGAGAAGGCCUCAUCAAGAGCAUGGACUUUGGCACACCUGGUCUUUCUUAGCCUUCCUGUCACAUGCUGCUUCAAUGAACAAUAGUUCCUUUCUGAAAGAUUAUGUCUCUGCUGCACUUUAAUUUCUCAGCCCAUCUCUUUAUCCCCACACUCUACUCUGGAAGCAGUCAAUAAGUUCACUCAAGAAAUACUGAGUCCCUACUCAUACCAGCCACUGUUCUUGGACUAAAGAAGAGAGUAGGAGGGGAGAAAGAGAGUCCUGGGAAGCCCCCCUGAGUCAGCCUUACAUUUCAAACCACUCCAGUCUCUCUGAGAGCGUUUCCACAUGUCCUCUGGAUGAUUGGACAUUGCCCAGACCCCCACCCUAACCCCCCUCCCUCCACCAUGCUUAUCAGUUACUCUGAAGACAUAGCUGCCUAGACUGUGCUGGCCUGAGGCAGGAUAAGAAGCCAGAAUAGCAUUUGCCUUUGUGGGCAAAAAUGGAGAGGGCUCAGAGUCUAGCACCUGAGGCUCAGAUGGCAGCAUGAGCUACCUCCCCCUGGGUGUGAUAGCACACUUUUCAUGCACCAGGUUAUUUGUACAGUCCUGGUGGAGAGGCCAUUGAACCUUUUUCCUGCCUUCUCAACCUGAAAGCUCCUACUCUUACUGGGACAAGAGCUGGAGUGGCUUCACCUUUUCCAGACCACUGGGGAUUUGACUCAUCCCUUUGCAGGAGCCAGGUGUGCCCUGAGCGGUACUCUGGGCACAACUCAGAGGGAGAAUGUUCCGAGUUCUGUAUUUGCCUACACGCCAGGGCAGAGAUGAAAUUUAGGCUUAACUUGGGGGCCAACCAAGGUAGUUCCUUCCCAACGAUAUUCUGAUCUUUCUUCCACAGGAAGGCAGGCAGCCCCACCAAGGGAGAGGGGAGCUAAAGGACUGAAAUCUAGGGCACUGGUUCUCUCCCAUCCUCCUCCUCAUAGAGAGUAUAGAUGUUUGUUUUGUCUGUCUUCAACCUACUUUUACUUUUUUUUCCCCCCAUCUUUCUGUGCUGCCUCUCCAUCCAGGAUAACAAUGUAGUGGGAAAAAACCCAGAGGGCAGUCAGGAGUUGUGGUGGUCACCUGGGACCAGUCCUUAACUCACAGAGUGACACUGGGCUAGUCUUAUACCCCUUUGGGGCCUCAGUUUUACCACUUGCAAAAUGAGGAGAAUGAAACAGAUGCUCUCCGGGUCUUUUUCCAUUCUGCCAUCCUAUUGAUCUUCAUUUUCUCUUAUUUUGCUUUCUCGGAAUCUUUUUCCACCUGAGGGUACAGGAAGUGCCAUGACCUGUUUCAGUUUCCAAAUCCUGCAAGUACAUUCCAAGACUGGCCUGAAAUUGCAUGAGCAACAUCAUCUUAAAUAUUUUUUUUCAAAAGCACUUUACCAACCAACUGCAAUGCUGUCCUGUUCUUUUUAUUCAUGCCCUCUCUCGUCCCCUGUGCUCCCCCACCUCAGUGCUCUGUGCUGUAUGCGUGUGCUCUCUGUUCUUGUAUACUCAAUAAAAGUGAAAUAAAUGUGUUUGAUGCUGAACCUCAAAA